AUGAUUAGUGCGUCACUUUGCCCUGUGCAACAGCACAGGUUGGAUUUGCCUAGGUUGGUGGGUCAGACGCGUUGCCCAGGCUUGCCCUUGCCCGCUGGAGCCGUUCGCUGGCCUAGGCCCUACCUUGCCCGAGCAAAAGGCCUUGCGGUGGACUUGCUCUUAUGCCGACGCAAAUUGGAGUCAAGGGUUUACCUAAAAUCAAAGGCCCUUGCUAAGCCGCGUGGCCGACCCGUUAGCACAUCCAAAAAAAUGUCAGAUGGUAGCUAA